AUGAGUUUUCUAUCCAUGCCUGACGAUAUAAUUUAUGAUAUUUUACCACAUCUUCAUGAUGAUAUGCGUACUCUAUACCGAUGUCUCUUAGUAAAUCGUCUUUGGUGCCGAAUAACGGUCCCAAUUUUGUGGUGUCGGCCAUUUACAAUUUCAUCCAAACCUUUUACAAAUAAGCAUCGCACGAGUCGUACUCUUAUAAUACAGACAUAUGUUUCAUGUCUUAAUCAAGAUGAACUUGCAUAUUUGAUUCCUUAUAAAAUAGAUUUUCUUGAAAUUAAAUCGACACUUUUUCCUUACGAAAAAUAUCUCCAAGAACUUUCAGAUAAUGCCAUAGACAAAGGCGUAAAAGGAUGGUUUCAAGGAAAGAAACUUGCCUUUCCUUUUGUCGGGUAUGAUCAAAGAGCUGAGGCUAUUACUUAUUCACUUUGGUGCAUGUUCAUGCGUCAAUGUGUAAAGAUACAGUCAGUAUCUAUCAUGCCUUUGUAUGUUCGAUCCGGUAUUUCGAAUGUACCAAAUUUUUCGGAUGCAAUGUCUGCUUUGUCUCAUGUGCGAAAUUUCACAUGCCGCAUUGAUUGGAGCGAUAGUUCCAAAAAGUAUCAAAAAACUAUUCAACUAUUACAAAAAUUAGAAAUAGUUUGCAAAAAGAUCACGCAUAUGAAAGUUUACAUACACGAGAAAGCCGACCCGGGCGUCCUAAAUGCAAUUGUUCAAAUCAUUAAAAUACAAAAAGGUAUUAAAGAA